AUGCACGCCCUCCAAAACCGCGUCGAGUCUUUCAAAAAGUCAAAACGCGUCAAACGCUACCCCUCCAAGAAGACCUCCACACAAUCCGCGACGGUUAAAUGGCCCCAUCCGCCUUCAUACAAAGCUAACGCGAACACGCUCGCAGAAGCUGGCUUCUUCUUCUGUCCCAGCUGGGAUGAUAGGGACUGUGUCGCUUGUUUUCUAUGUGGGAAAGAACUGAGCGAUUGGGAUGCGCAGGACGAUCCGUUCGCGGUUCACUAUGAGAAGUGUGGAGAGGCCUGUGGAUGGGCCAUCGUUCGGUGCGGUCUCGUAGAGGAUAUGGACAGUGAGGGAAGCUUUACUUUCACGAACAAGGCUCGAAUACCUACCACCAAGGCCAUAGAAGAAGCGCGCUUGAAGACGUUUGGGGAGGACUGGUGGCCUUACGACGAUGACCCAAACCACGGAGCCAGCUCGAGAAAGAUGGCUCGAGCAGGGUUCGUUUACACCCCUCAAGGUGCAGGUGACGAUACGGUUACAUGCUUAUACUGCAAUACUGCCCUGGGGGGGUGGGACAAGGACGACGACCCCAUGUACGUAUCAUCUACCGUCAGGAUUGUUUCUAUCUGUUAUUAG